AUGGGCUCCAUAUCUCCUUCGCCACCCCUUCAUAUCGCCAUCGUCGGUGCCGGGAUAGGAGGACUCGCGCUGGCCAUUGGACUACUUCGUCAAGGGGUUCCCUAUACACUCUAUGAGGCAGCAGGGGCCUACAGCGCCGUCGGAGCGGGCGUCGGCCUCGGUCCCAAUGCUCUCGCGGCCAUGGACGCGAUCGAUGCACGUUUCCGCGCGCUUUACAACCAAAUCUCGACGGGCAACGUGACGCCAGGCAAAGACCAUGUCAUGAUGGACGCGAUGCUGCUCGAGGACGGGUUCGGGGAGAAACGAGGCUGGAAGCCGGCCCCCUACGGAGCACCAUGCUACGACCGAACCAGCGCGCAUAGAGUGGACCUGCUGAAUGUCAUGACCAGCUUGAUCCCCAUCAGCACGGUCAAGUUCAACAAGCGGGUCAAGACGGUGGACCAAAAAGCAGAAGGAGGCGCAAAAGUCACAAUCACUUUCGAAGACGGAGAGGUGGUCGAAGCCAGUGCCGUCAUCGGAUGUGAUGGAGCAAAAGGCGCCACGAGGCAGAUGGUCUUGGGAGAGAAAUACCCCGAUCAAGUGCGCGCGACGUACAGUGGCAAGUACGUCUAUCGUUCGAUCGUGCCCAUGGAGGACGCCGUCAAGAUCCUCGGAAAGGACGCCCUGGGCGACGAGAUCGCAGGCGAUGCAAAGAUGUUCAUCGGCAAGGGCGCCAACGUGACGACAUUCCCCAUCUCCAAGGGCACGCAGUGCAAUAUGGUCGCCUUCAAACUGGAUGACAAGCCAUGGACAUAUCCCGAGUGGACGCAGCCGGUGACUCGAGAGGAGAUGGUGAAUGAUUUUGAGGAGCUUGGGGUGGACAAGAGGCUGAUUAAGAUGCUUGAUUGGGCAAAGCCACUUCGCUGGUCCAUCCACCAUCACUUGACCACCCCCGUCUACUACAAUGGCCUGAUCUGCCUCUUGGGAGACUCUGCCCAUGCCACAACCCCACAUCAAGCAGCAGGCGCAGGCCAGUGUCUCGAAGACGCCUUGAUCCUGUCGCGACUCCUCGGCCUCGUUUCGGCGCCGGAUCGGGAUCAGUUGGAGGCGGCAUUCAAGGUGUACGACGAGAUCCGACGUCCCCGAGCUCAAAAGGUCGUGCAGACGAGCAAACAGGCUGGACUGGUGUACACGCUGAGCGCACCGGGGAUUGGUGACGACCUGGACGCGAUCGUAAAAGACCUGAACCAUCGUUUUCUGUGGAUCUGGGAGCACGAUCUGAUGGCCGAUGUGGACAGGGCGGAGAAGGAGUUCAAAGCCCUCACCAGAAAGGAGCCCGAGACGAUGAACAUGAAGAGAGUCUCUGCGUCAGUGGUGGAAAAGACGGCUUUGACUGCAUAA